AUGGAAAUGCAGAUGCUCUCUCUAGGCUGCCCUUUGCCAGGCAAACAUCAAGAUAGUGGCCAGAAGGAAAUCUCUUAUUUUGAACAGGUGAAGAACAUGCCCGUCACUGCUGCACAAAUUAAGAGAGCAACUUGUGUUGACCCAGUACUGUGCCAAGUAAUGGAACUAGUGAUGCGUGGAACAUCUGUAUGGAACUCUCAGGUCUCAUCUGACCCUGUCCCCUACAUGUCCAGGAGAACGGAGUUAAACCGUUCAGGGUGCUUGCUGUGGGGAAUGCGUGUCAUUAUUCCAAAAAUACUGAGACAACAGAUGUUAGAGCAGUUGCAUUCAGGUCACACUGGAAUGGUGCACAUGAAAGAAAUUGCACGAAGCUAUUUUUGGUGGCCUGGGUUGGACAGUGACAUUGAAGAGAAGGCAAGAGCUUGUAUUUCUUGCCAGGGUGUGAGGAAUGCACCUCAAUUGGCACCUCUACACCCAUGGGACUGGCCUGAAAAACCAUGGCAACGUAUUCAUGUUGAUUUUGCUGGCCCAUUUGAAGGUAGCAUGUUAUUGGUGGUGGUAGAUGCUCAUUUCAGAUGGCCAGAAGUCUGUAUAAUGCCUUCCACUACUGCUGAGAGUACUAUCCAAAAAUUACGGGGAAUCUUCUGUCAUUUGGGUAUUCCUGAACAACUUGUGAGCGACAACGGUCCACAGUUUGUCUCUCAGGAGUUUGGAAAUUUUAUGAAAGCAAACGGGAUCCAUCACAUCACUUCAGCACCAUAUCACCCAGCCACAAAUGGAUUGGCUGAGAGGUUUGUCCAGACAAUGAAACAAGCUUUGAAAUCAGUUAGAGAACAUUCACUCGUACAAAAGAGUCUGGACACCUUCUUGGUAUCCUACAGAAACACUCCUCAUGCUACAACCAAAGUGUCCCCAGCUUUUCUAAUGAUGGGACAUCAGCUACGCAUGUGCUUUGAUUUGCUGAAACCUUCAGAACUGUGACAAAUUGUGCAACAUCAGUAGCCAGGUCAAGUCAUCAGGUGUGCAUCCAGAGC